AUGGUGUGCGUUGGGUUUCCCGAAACUGUGUUCAUCUUCGCUGUAGGGUUUGACUUCAUCUCUAAGCUUCAUCUUGAUCAGCCGGGCAUUAGCAAGGUAACGGGAUCAGAGGAGACGCAGGUCGCCUACAGAAUCGGGAAGAAUUUCAACCUCAGGAUACCAACAAGACAGCUAUUCCCGGACGGAUUGCCUCACGAAUUCUCAUUCGGUGCGACAUUCCGCAAGAGAAAAACCAAGAAGGAAGUAUGGCACCUAAUCAACAUCCAGGGACAGACCGGCCGGCCGCAAUUCGGCGUGAUUGUCGACGCGAGGAAGCGAACGCUCGAAGUGCAUUCGCUGGAUUUCCGAGGUCAACUGCAAACGCAGAUUUUUCAAGAUGUUGACAUAUUCGAUAACGACUGGCACAAGCUCUCGCUGACCAUGGGCCGGGAGAAGGUACAGCUCUUCAUCGACUGUGCGCCCGUCGACGUCGCCGUGACGCGACCACGUGGUCCGAUCGACGCGAACGGAGUGAUCAAGAUCGCACGCAAGGUGAACAGAAGAAGUGCUGUACCGAUCGACAUACAGUGGCUCGUGAUGGAGUGCGAUCCAACUCGACCACUGCGUGAAACAUGCAACGAACUACCCAGACCCGAACAGCCAGACAAGUCGGAUGAUCAGGAGGCUACGAAUGAGAAUCAAUGUCCGGUGCAGUGUCCACGGGGACCCCGCGGUCGUAGAGGCAUCAAGGGAGAUCGAGGGACGGUCGGGAUGCCGGGUCGAAUAGGACCGAUGGGCAAGAUAGGGGAUGUAGGCUUUCCAGGCAGACCGGGGCCUCCGGGCAAAUACGGACGAACGGCGAAAGAUCGGCCUGGCGCUCCAGGGAAGCCGGGUGAACAGGGUCCGGCAGGAGAGACCGGUGAACGCGGACCAACAGGUGACGAUGGAACAAAGGGCAAACCAGGUGACAAGGGCGAUAUCGGACUACCCGGACUAAUUGGACAAAAGGGAGAGCAGGGCAAUACCGGCGCUCCUGGGCCAUCUGGUGACGGAAACGGGAAGACAACUGCCGGGUUGAAAGGAGACGCGGGAGAACACGGAGCUCCGGGUCUGCCUGGUCCACAAGGAAAAGAUGGGUUAUCCGGAGAAAAGGGCGAGCGCGGCGCAGAAGGUUAUCCUGGACAGUCAGGUUCCGCGGGUGAUCGUGGAGACCCAGGAUACCCUGGAGAUCCAGGUCCUUCAGGACCUAUUGGCCCCCCUGGUCCCCCGGGACCACAUGGGACUAUGAAUAGCGGAGCGCCUCUAGUGGGCCCGCCUGGGGAACCCGGAAUACCGGGUGAAAGCGGCCGUCACGGACGAAAGGGUGACAGAGGCAGCGAUGGAGUCUCCGGCAAGUCUGGUUCCCAUGGGAGCAAAGGGCGAACCGGGUGAAAGAGGACUGCCAGGAAUGCCAGGAUUGGAGGGCAUUCAAGGUCGAACUGGAGAGGUCGGUCUAGCCGGAUCGCCAGGACAGAAAGGA